UCGGCAACCUUCCUCUGUACUUUUCGUCUACAUCCCUCCUGCUGAACGUACCAGACACACGGGAAAACCUACCAACACCUCCAGGAACCGCAGAAUUGACGACGCUGCUAUACAGGAUGGGGAACACAAGCGCGAAGGCGGCCUCAGAGCCAGUUACCACCGAGAAAAUCAAGGAUAUUGGGCUUCAGCGCAUGACGGUAGCAGGGACAGAUACACCCGUAGCAACGGCGGGGGGAUCUUUCCCGGCAGGCGAUCUGUGGAAGGAUCAACCAGCGAUCGUUUUCGUAGUGCGGCGGCCUGGAUGUGCACUCUGCCGUGAGCAUGCGCAGGAUCUGAGUAACAAGCAACCAGAUUUCGCGGCCAAAGGGGUGAAGCUCGUUGGAGUUGUCCACGAGAAGCUUGGCGUGGAGGAAUUCUCGGGAUUCUUCAAAAACGGCGAAAUUUACUUUGACGAGGAGAAGGCGUUCUUCAACGCGCUGGGCAUGCGAUGGGAGGGUUUGUCUUCUCUGAUGAAACCGAGUGUGAUCAGCAACGCAAAGCGCGCAUCCGCCAAGGGCGUUAAGGGCAACCUGAAGGGAGAAGGAAGGCUGCUUGGCGGCCUCCUUGUGGUAGGGGGCGGAGAUUCCGGCAUCGCCUUCGAGCACAGGGAGGCGGUUUUUGGCGAUCACGCGAGUAUGGAUGCUAUCAUGGCGGCAGUGGACACGGUAGUGCCCAAACCCUUGGGUUAGGACCGCUGCGAGACAAUGACGCAACAACACAAGGAACGAUUGCCUGAAGUUUGUUGCAUUUGCCAAAUCGCAUGUAUUUGCGGCAUGUGACUCACUAAAAUCGAGCUCUUGUGAACUCUUGGGUGUUUAUUCUCUUCGUAUGGAUUUUGGAGAGGAGAAUAUAGCAUCAGUGAAUCAUGGUAGAUGAUCCCAGGAGACACCUGCUCAGUGCACAUGGCGUUUCAAGCUUUGGCAAGGGCUCCAUCCAGUGUUGAAGGUGUACUACAUAUUGAAGUAAUAAAAAUGGGCGCCUUUUGUCGAACCCAUGGAGCAGUUAGUUGACUUUGAAGCGGGUACGGACCACGAUUUCCACCCGACUUCCCAUACGUUGCAAUACCCCAAAGUUGUUUUUCCAACGCCCCUAAGGUGUACACCCUAAGGUUGGAUAUCUGGAACAUUUCCCCCCAGGCACAAUGCCCAGCGAUUUAUCUCAUCUGUGCCUUAGGGCGGAACACCUGCAGCGAACAUCAUCCAUUCCGG